GAAUUAUUAAAGUCUUUGUCUUAUAGGCAAACUGGAAAGUGAAUCUCGUGUCUCAGGCAAACUGGAAAGUAAAGAGCAAGCGAAAAAAAGAGCAUCAAGAAGGGAUCGAGGACGCAGUACAACUUACUAGUAUAAUCUUCCACUUACUAGUAUCUUCUAGUAUCCAACACUGUGAAGACGGAUGAAGAGCUGUCACUCGUUGACGUCGUAUCGCUGUGCAGCUGUAUCGAUUGUUGGUUUCGCAUAGGCCUCGUAUGACCAAGAAAAAGAGUCGGUGUUUUUUCCGGAUACGCAAGAGAGAGACACGAGCAAAAUGUCGAAAAUUGUUUUCGAAAAUCGGCAUUAGACUAUAUUUUGGAAGCUACAUAGGGUAGUGUUUCUAUCCACGACAUUGUUGCAAAUGAAGCCUGGAAAACUGCCCGAAAAUAGGCUACAUGAUCAAAGCUUACUCUAGUUCUAUGUGAGGGACACACAAUCAUCACUCUGGCAUUCAGAUUAAUAGUUGUAGGUGGAAAAUCAGAACAUGCAUAACCUUUAUGGCCGUGCGCCUGGCCACGGCAAACGCGAGCCCGGCAAGCUGCCGGAGCACAACUAACGAACGCACAACUAUUUCGGCUUCAUUCCAGUGCUACUAGAACUUGCUGUUGUAGAAGUUCACGAAGACGCUGCAGGUGGCGUUCGAUUCAUCGGAGAGGACUGAUCGAGAAUCGAAGCCCGCGAAGUCUUUCCACAACGAAGCCCACAGUAGAAUAAUCAAGUCGCAAGGUUGUACGCACAUUUUUGUGGAGUGGGAAGAAGAGAAGCCACAACAGGCGACCACUAGUUGUACCAGCAACCCUUCUACUUGUUCUUCGCGCAACAACAAGACCUGACGCAAUAUGGCAUCUUUUCGUCCAGAUCGGGUCAUCCUGAAAAGGCAGAAGGAUGAAAGCCGAUAUGAGGCGCUGGUGGACUCGAAUCUAGACCAAAACAGAGUAGAGGCGAAGGCGCAUUGGGAAAAUAAAACCACAGCGACAAUACGUACUGAUAUGUUAAGGAUGCUAGUUGUAGUACUUGUUGCCUCUAUUUCUGCAGUCGUUUUUGUCAAGUAAAUAAUCAACCAUGAUGAUGAUGGUUUAUUCCGUGAAGAUGGCAUCGCGUAAUAGAGAGCAGCUAGCUGAUGACAUGAAAUCUAGAUCCCAAUCACCACAACCACAUCCAGGUACCAAGCGUUUCGAGAGUAAGGUAAAGUCAUUGCUCGCAGAGCAACGAGACGCAGCCACUCAUGAGAGGAGGAAGAAGCUCUCUGCUCUUCUCUACAAAGAGAAAGACAUGUAUGAGGCAGAACUCGCGGAUAUGACGAAGCCAGAUCCUAAAAAAGGCAUGGCAAAGAUGGCCGCUCGAGCUGCGGAAUUGAAAGCCAGGAGGGAGGCGGAAAGGACGAAUUUGGUAGUGUUUUUUUGGCUUGCAGCUAUUGUUGAUGACUCAGUCUCAGAUGUUUCGUCAUGUUUCAGUUCUACAAAAAUAUCAAGACUCAAAGCGGGUAGAACUCGUCAGGGAAAUCUUAGGCAUCUUGCCGAAUUGAUUCAAAUCAUCAUCAAGACAGUCAAGGUCACCCACAUCCACAUCUUCCAACAAACACAGCCACUACAUCACUCCAGGUGCAAGAAAAGCUUUAUCAGCAAUGGCGUGAGGGUAUUGACGAGUUGAGGACACAAGAUGCUAAGCUGUUCGAACUGCAAGUCACAUUCGAACGCGGAAUCCAGAAAGAGGAGAAGGCAGAUGCAGCAGCAACGGAAAGGAGGGAACAGGCGGUAUACCUCCAUUUCGAAUUCUAUGUUAGUGGGUUUGUUACUUGUGAUGCCCAAGAACAUCAUCAUCAAGUUGUGUUGACUUGAAGGUGCUAUACAAAAUUCCAUAGCUGAAUCCUAAACAUGAACAAGGAUGAAGGAAGGAUUUCCAUUUGAUUUCUAUGUAGUUGGUGGAUCUCUUACUUGUCAAGUAGUUUAAAUUAUUUAGAACUCUGGUUACCGGCGAGCGCGAGUUUCCGUCAUUCUUCUACACAUCAACGUGCCAGAUAUACGACGCUCUGUGGCAAGAGGGCUAUCACGCCAAAGUCGAACGUGAAAUUAGGGAGAAGGAGUUGCGGAAGGGUCUCGAGGCCAAGAUGUCAACUACCCUCGCAGAGCAAAUCAAGCUGAAACGAGCAGGGGUAUGAUAACAGUUUUCUUAUAGAGUUUUAGAAGAUCAAGAUAGUACCCUUGUUUCUCACCUGUCUUGCACGAACCUGAUUCAUCAUUUCAUUUCCUUGAUUGUCUUUCCGAACGAAAUUAUUCUCAAAUUCUGCCUCUCACUCUACUUUUUAAACGCCUCUCUCUCACAGGAAGAAGAGGAAGCAGCUAUUUUGGAAAUCGAGCGCGCCGAGAUGCGUAAGCAGUGGGAAAAUGCGGAGCGGGAGGCCACAGAAUUGGUCGAGCGAAAUGCCGCAGUGGCGAAAGAGGAAAGAAAGAAGGUAGACGAGUUCAAACGCAUAGUGGAGGAAGAAAAUUCUAAGCAGAUAGCAAAGGAGAAGCUGAUGGAUAAGCAGUUUGUGUUAUCGGUCUUGAAGAAGGAGAAAGACAUGUUAUGGACAUCAAUGGUGUGGAGGACGAUUAUUGUCUUAGAGUAAGUACGUUGUAAUUUUUGUAUUUGUAAUGGGUCUGGGGGGUCUGGGAGUAGGAGUACAAGUCUCGCAGUGUUCACAGCUCGUCUAGGCUGGGAUAGAUGAUUCCUCAUUUUCUUCAAGUAUGAGAUAGCCUCUUCCAAUACCUGCCGAGAAAGAGGAAGCCGACAAAGCGCACCAGAAGAAAAAGGUGCUCGAGUUCAACGAGAAACUAAAGAUGGACAUGAACCGUACUACUUUAUUCUUGCCUUCUAAAUGCCUUUCUCAAGACCGACAGGAGAAGAAGUUGUAACCAAAUAUGGUAAUGCGCAAGCAAGCAAGGUUAGAAAAACAUUAGCAUUCCUUUAUAACAUGCUAAAGAACGUAAACGAUUGUUCUGAUGGAGGAUCACUAUCUCCACGAAAUCACAGGUAAAGCCGAGAGCGAUGCGGAGCUUGUCCGUCUUCAGAACGAGGAACAGGAGAAGCAGUGGCAGAAGAAGUUUGAACAGUGGGAGAAAGAGGAGUCUGCGCGACGAGCUCUAUUAGAAGACGUCUAUGCUGGUAGGAUGGAACAGAUCAACCUGAAGAACGAGAUCAGAGACAAACAGAAGAACGAGAUUUUGGAAGAAAGAGCAAGGGUGGAAGCUGAGGUACUAGCUUUUGUUGUAUCUUAAUCCAGCACUAAUCUCUUCUUGUCUUUUGUUCAUUUUGUUGUGAGGUUAUAACGACAAUGAAUCAUCAUCAUGCUUUCUCAUAAAUAGGUACAAUCCAACGUAUUGGACCUAUGUAUCUAUGUAUACAUUGUUUUUGUUUCCUGCUCUCUCCCGUCUCCCACCCCUCACUAUCCACUCCCGCCACAGAUCGCACGCCUCGAGGGCAUUGAUCAAGAGCGGGCUAGAGCCGAGGCGAUAUUGAAGAAGCGCCACCAAGAAGAACUCUUCAGACAGAUGGAUUAUCAUCAGGUAAAAAUAAUGGUUGAAGCAUCUUGUGAACAAGAUUUUUCUUGUUGAUUCAUAGGAGGUGUACCACGUGAUUAUAUUCUCUGUUGCUGUUCAGGUUCGGCUUAUGUCAUCCUCAUGACUUUCCUGCUGCACAACAAGUUCUCCUAACCCCUUCCAUCAUGCACCCCUUCCCCCUGCAGGUGACGCGUCACCGUGAGUUGCAACAGCAUAUGAUUGAGCAACGACAAGCCUUGAUCGCCGAAGAGCGCUUCCGACAAGCGAAAGAGGCUGAGAGGGAAAAUUAUGGCUAAAAUCGUAAUUGUUGCACUAAUAUAUCCACAAAUGAUUUUUGACUAUUACUAUUACUAGCUCUCAGUUAGUGGCAACGGCAUGCUUUGCGAUUUCGCGUAUAAUUUACUACCGGCUGACCAACUACUACUAGCACCUGCUCAAGUGCUUUUCUUCCUACCCCUACUCUUCUUCUAAGAAAAGCAGGACCUCGUCAAGCGUCAGAUCGAGGAGCAUCAGCAAGCGGCAAUUCGCAAGCGAGAGGCAGAGAAGGAAGCGCGAAAGGCACCAUGGGAAAAGUAG